AUGACUGCUGACAGUGAGUGGCUGUACGGGGGUCCGAUCGAAAAUAAUCCGGCUUUAGAGAUAUCACCACCGAUCAAGAAGCAUCUUCAAACAACCUUCGUAAGAAAUCCUUUCACCACGAAACCUCGACUUCACAACAUCUACGACGAGUUUACUAAUGCCCCCCCAAAGCAUGAUAUAAAUUUCAAAUUCACUGAAGUCAAAAACAUCGUCGACGAAAUGGUGACUUCAGGGGUAGUGUUCAAGAUUCCAACCAUGUUCAAAAUGCAGCUCGACAAAGUCAAGGAGGAAGUAGAUGAGCUUCAUAAGGUAUUCGCCAUGGACGUGUACGAGGUGAAUAAGGAGCGCUUCGUCAAGUCGGAGGAAGGAAAACCGUAA